GGAAGUGGAGUCCGGACGCUCGGCGGGCUCGCGGGCGGCGGUCGCUACGGUUUUAUCAGCGGCGGCUGGAGUCAGGCCGCCCUGUGCAGGCCUUUCUGAACUUUCUGGACGUCCGCUUUGGAUCCUCUGCAAACUAGCGAUCGAUUUAGGGGAAAAGAAGCCUCGGCGGAGAGCAGAGGCACAAUUUUGCCUUCCCAUGCACUGCAUAACUCGGGACUCUGCAAAUUCCCAGAAGUUGGAAAAAAAUGACCACAUUCAAGGAGGCAGUGACGUUCAAGGACGUGGCUGUGGUCUUCACUGAGGAAGAGCUGAGGUUGCUGGACUCUGCCCAGAGGAAACUGUACCGAGAUGUGACGCUGGAGAACUUCAGGAACCUGCUCUCAGUGGGACAUCAACCAUUCAACCGAGAUACGUUCCCCUUCCUAAGGGAAGAAAAAUUUUGGAUGCCAAAGACAGCAACCCAUAGAGAAGGGAAUUCAGGAGGCAAGAUCCAAACUGAGUUGGAGAUUGUUCCAGAAGCAGAACCACAUGAAAAGUUGUCCUGCCAUCAAAUCUGGGAACAAAUUGCAAGUGAUUUAACCAGGUCUCAAUAUUCCAUGAUAAAUAGCUCUCAGUUCUCCAAACAAGGUGAUGUCCCCUACCAGAUUGAGACAGGACUAUCUCUUAUUCACAUAAGACAGAAGACUUACCAGGGUAAUGAGUGUAAACAGUUCUUCAAUGAUGUCUCUAUCUUUGAUCUUCAGCAACAAUUACACUCAAGAGAGAAGUCUCAUACAUGUGAUGAGUGUGGAAAAAGCUUCUGUUAUAGCUCAGCUCUUCGUAUUCAUCAAAGAGUCCACACUAGAGAGAAACCAUUCAAAUGUAAACAAUGUGGAAAAGACUUCAGUCGUAAAUCAGCACUUAAUGUUCAUUGCAAAUUACACACAGGAGACAAACCUUAUAAUUGUGAGGAAUGUGGGAAGGCCUUCAUUCAUGAUUCCCAGCUUCAGGAACAUCGGAGAAUCCAUACUGGGGAGAAACCAUUCACAUGUGAUAUAUGUGGUAAGAGCUUCCGUGGUAGAUCAAGACUUAAUAGGCACUCCAUGGUUCACACAGGAGAGAAACCAUUCAGAUGUGAUACAUGUGGUAAGAGCUUUCGUCAGAGAUCAGCACUUAAUAGUCAUUGCAUGGUUCACACUGGAGAGAAACCAUACAAAUGUGAGGAGUGUGGAAAAGGCUUCAUUUGUAGGCGAGAUCUUUUUAAGCAUCAGAUGGUCCACACAGGAGAGAAACCAUAUAGUUGCAAAGAAUGUGGGAAGAGCUUCAGAUGGUCCUCAUGUCUUUUGAAACAUCAGCGAGUCCAUAAUGGAGAAAAACCAUUUAAAUGUGAAGAAUGUGGGAAGGGAUUUUAUACAAAUUCACAACGCUGUUCCCAUCAGAGAGCUCACAGUGGAGAAAGGCCGUACAAAUGUGAAGAGUGUGGCAAGGGCUACAAAAGGAGGUUGGAUCUUGAGUUUCACCAGAGGGUCCACACAGGAGAAAAACUCUACAACUGUAAUGAAUGUGGGAAGAGCUUCAGUCGGGCCCCAUGUCUUUUGAAACAUCAGAGACUCCACAGUGGAGAAAAGCCAUUCCAAUGUGAAGAAUGUGGGAAGAGGUUUACUCAAAAUUCACAUCUUCAUUCACAUCAGAGAGUCCACACUGGAGAAAAGCCAUACAUAUGUGAGGAGUGUGGGAAGGGCUAUAACAGUAAGUUUAAUCUUGACAUGCACCAGAGGGUCCAUACGGGAGAAAGGCCUUAUAAUUGUAAUGAAUGUGGGAAGAGCUUCGGCUGGGCUUCAUGUCUUUUGAAACAUCAGAGACUCCACAGUGGAGAAAAACCAUUCAAAUGUGAAGAGUGUGGGAAGAGAUUUACUCAGAAUUCACAACUUCAUUCCCAUCAGAGAGUCCACACUGGAGAAAAGCCAUACAAAUGUGAGGAGUGUGGGAAAGUCUUCAGCUGGGCCUCAACUUGUUUGACCCAUAAGAGACGACACAGCAAGGAAACACCACUGAAAUGUGAGGAGUGUGGGAAGGACUGUGUACACAGUUCACACUUUAAAGUCCGAGUUAAAGUUCAUGGUGUAGAAAAGCCAUACAAAUGUGAGGACUGUGGGAAGGGCUACAGCCAGUCCUUGAAUCUUGGUGUGCAUCCCAGAGUCCACAUGGGAGAGAAACCAUGCAAGUGUGGGGAGUGUGGUACGUCUUUCAACCUGGCCUCAAGUCUUCAACUUCAUCAGAGUGUCCACACUGGAGACAUACUUAGUAAUGUGACGUAUAAUAAAGUCUUCACUUAGUUUUCA